AAUAUUUUUGUUGUUGACCGAUAGGAUGUGAUAUGUGAAUAGUUAAUCUUAAUAUUUUAAAAUGUAUUAGGUUUUUAAAUACAUUAUUAAAAUUUAAUAUUUUUUAGUUUUUGUAAAAUUAUCCGGAUUAAAAGAAGCAAUAAUGGAUGAAAAUUUAAGCAGAGGAUAUGUGGCUCUUACUAAACGUACUAACGUUUGUCCUUUAGCUACACCUCCCAUAGAUUACAAGGGUCGAGUAUAUUCUGCAAUGGCGUUGGCCGGUGCUGGUUUUUUAUUUCCCUAUAACAGUUUCGUCAUGGCUGUGGAUUACUUUCAAGUAAAAUAUCCAUCUUCAAUGGUCGUUUUUGACAUGACGUUAGUUUAUAUUGUUAUGGCGUUUUUUGCGGUACUUGCAAACAAUUUACUGGUUGACACGUUAUCCUUUACAUGCCGUAUUAAUAUUGGUUAUGCAUUAACUAUUUCUACACUUUUAUUUGUGGGCGCCGUUGAAAUAUUAUGGUCAGAGUUAUUUUCGAUAAACACAUCUUACUGCAUAAAUUUGGUUGCCAUUGCAAUUAUUGCGUGGGGUGCGACAAUUCAACAAUCAAGUUUUUAUGGUUACACCAGCAUCCUACCCACUAAAUACACACAAGCUGUCAUGAUAGGAGAAAGUGCUGCUGGAUUGUGGGUGUCUAUUGAUCGUAUCACGACAAAAAUGUUAACAGAUGAUUUACGACUAAGCACAUUUUGUUUUUUCGUAUUCAGCCAUGGCGUUGUAAUGGCAUCAUGCGUUUUCUUUCAAAUAAUACAAAACACCGAUUUCAUUAAAUUUUACAUAGACCGUAGCGAAGACUCAAAAAAAAAGAUAUCGCUGGAACCAACUGAAGAAUAUGUAAAUACUCUUUGGUAUCCAGACCUAAAUCAAUCUGAAACGUUUGCAGAGACUAGUCUUAGUACAGGAAAAAUAUUUUCUAAUGACGAUACUUCAUUAAGUUUUGCUAAUCCUAUGUAUGAUCCUAAUGCUAAUUUUCCUACUUAUAAAGUCGAAGACGUUAUGGUUCACAUAGAAACAAGCAAUUCAUUCAAAAUUCGAAAAUCGACAAUUUUUAAAAUGUGGGAUAAAGUAAAAAAUGGAUACUUGUUACGAGUUGAAGUUUCAAAACUCAUAUGGAAACAAAUGUUGUCAAUUUUCUUAUGUUAUUUUGUAACUUUAAGCAUAUAUCCUGGAGUUUUAUCAGAUUUGAUGAGUCCAAGAUUUGGAACAUGGAUGUCGGUGCUUGUGAUGACAGUAUUUAAUGUUUUCGAUCUUAUGGGAAAGAUUUUGAGCGCUUAUUUUUACCAGUGUUGGGAUGAUAAGAUUUUAAGAAAUACCAAAACUCGUCUUCUCAUGAUUCCAAGUAUUUUAUUGAUAGUUAUUGUUCAGCAUCCAUUUCACACGAAGAUUGUAAGUGAAUUUUUAAUUUUCAUGCAAACUGCUGUGCUUGGUGUAACUAAUGGAAUCACUGGUAGUGUCCCAAUGAUAUUUGCAUCAGCUAAAGUUAACGAUGGACAUCGUGAACUUGCUGGUAAUAUCAUGACAUUAUCGUACAUUACUGGAACAACUGCUGGAAGUAUUUUUGCUUACAUUUUAGACAAGGUAAUACACAUGGAAAUUGAAUAUCCAUUCAGCAUUAACAGUAUUAAUCAUCAUAAAAUAGAAAAUUCUCUCUUACAAUUUAACAAUAAUAAUAAUGGAUUUACAAAUAAUAGUUUUAUUGAAUUUAAUAAUUCUGCAGUUUCUACUAUGAUAUCAUCUCAUAUUAAUUCCAGUUCUUUAUUUCCUGGAUAAUUAUUAGUUAUAGAAAAAUAAUUUUAAGAAACAACAUAAUUUACCAAUAGAGAUGCUUUAUAUCUAAAAAUAAA